AUGGCAUCCUUUUCACGACGAAGGCUCACCUUAGCCCUCCGCGGCCUUUCUACCGGCCUCAAUGGCGGACAACAACAGUUACUCGAGCAGCAAUUUCAGUCGCUGCAACUGAGCUCAGCAAUCCUUCGCCAACGGUGCAUGUCGACCGAUUCGACGGGGGGGAGAUCUCCGGCCCCUAUUACUGCCGCCGGCGAAAUCGACCUGGACCAGUUGGCCAAGGGACACCUUCUUGCUUCCCAUGCUCGACCAGUGCCUGUAUCGCCCUCCUAUUUCUCGCGCACUCCGGCAUUCAAUGACCGCUACCUCGCCCUCGAAAAACUAUCCAGGGCAUAUGGCAAUCUCCCGCUGAUCCCGGCAGCCGAUGCCGAACGUGUUGCUUGGAAGAACUUGGCAGACCUGAGGCAGUCGUUUGGCGAGCCAGUAAAGGCAACAGAUUAUGUCAAGUGCCUCACCAUCGUCAAGCGGCUACACCAGAUCCACCCCGAGCUGAAGCCGGAGGCGGUAAAGCGGGCGCUACAAGACUUCAAGCGGGACGUGCAGGCCUUCCUGAACGUGCCCAAUCCGAUACCCAUCGACAAGUUUGGACGAGCCCUUGGAGUCGGCAAGAGAAAGUCCUCGAUCGCCAGGGCGUAUGUUGUCGAGGGCGAUGGCCAGGUGCUAAUCAACGGCAAGACACUGCCAGAUUACUUCGGUCGUAUCCACGAUAGGGAGAGCGCCGUCUGGGCUUUGCACUCGACAGAUCGGAUCGACAAGUACAACGUAUGGGCGCGUGUUGAAGGGGGUGGCACCACAGGGCAGGCGGAAGCCCUCACGUUAGCCAUUGCGAAGGCCCUGCUGGCUCACGAGCCUGCGCUGAAGCCCGCGCUACGGAGAGCUGGUUGCGUUACCCGCGACCCGAGGAGAGUGGAGAGGAAGAAACACGGCCGGGUCAAGGCGAGAAAGGGAUUUACAUGGGUCAAGAGAUAG